AUGGACGGAGUCACUCUUUUAAAUCAAUAUCUACCAUCAUGGACUCCUACUUCCAUACCAACUUCAACAAGUAUUAGCACCAUAAACCCUACAAAUACUGCUGGUCUAGCGUUGACAUUGCUUGAGUUACAGAACGCUAUACAAACAGAAACAAAUACAAUCUCCUUGUAUUUUCUUUCUCGAGCAGCCAGAGGGGUUGCUGCUAGUUACACUAUAAUCAGUGGUCAGCAAUAUUUGGCAACGGCCACUGCAACACAAAACUUCCCUGAAGUCACUUCAGCAAUGGUGAAUGCCACAUUAAGUUUAAAACAAUUAGAAUGGAAGGCUAAUUUAUAUGCCAUUAAUCUUUCAGUACCAUUUAAUGCAUUUUUUGCUGCCAUGUUUGCGGUAACAUUAAUUUGCCUUUUGGGGAUUGGAUUUUCAACAAAGACAAAAUAUUUUACUAUUUGUUUAGUUUGUGGAUCAAUCUUGGAAGUUAUUGGUUAUGUUGCAAGAACUCUAGCCCAUUAUUCUUGGUCGGAUCCUAAUUUAUUCUUGUGUCAGAUUGUUAGUUUGACAAUUGCCCCAGCAUUUAUUAUGGCGGGAAUUUAUUAUUUAUUAUCACAAAUGAUCAUUAUUCAUGGAGAACAAUAUGCUAUAUUGAAACCAAUUAUGGUGUCUAUUAUAUUUAUAUUCUGUGAUGUUAUGAGUUUAGUUGUUCAAGCAAGUGGGGGUGCUGCUGCUGCCAUUUCAUUACGACUGUUUAAAGAUACCGAAUUAGGUACAUAUAUUAUGGUUGGUGGGAUUGGAUUUCAAGUUGUAUCAAUGACUUUAUUUCUAUAUUUUCUAUUUGAUUUUGUUUAUCGAUCAUUUUUCACAGCCAAUAUCAACAUCAAAUAUUCUUUCAGGACAUAUUGUCUGUUGCUUUUCAAUACCAAAAAGGGGAGGUCAUUACGUCAAGAUUUGGAACCAUUCUAUGAUGUGGGUUAUAAACAUAUAAGACAAAGGAAUCUAUUCAACUAUAUGCCAUUGGUUAUAAUUGUUUCAGUUGGGUUUAUUUAUAUAAGGUGCAUUUACAGAGUGAUUGAACUAAGUGAGGGCUGGAGAGGAUAUUUGAUAACUCAUGAAGAAUACAUUUUUGCAUUAGAUGCAUUGAUGGUGCUCCUCACCUGUAUCACAUAUGUAAUUUUUCAUCCAGGCUUGGUGUUCGGUAAAAAAGUAACAACUCAAAUUGCUGUCUGUGCAAACAAAAAUGGUGGUGCUGUCAAUAAUGGAAAACACUAUGGUGAUUCAAGGAUCCACAGCUAUACUAAUUCGCCCCAGAGUACUCAAGAUGAGAAAUUUAUAAUGGGUCAAAAUCAAAAAUAUUUUAAUCCUUAUUUUUCACCUACAGAAUUUUCUCGAUACAACUCCCGCUCAGGCCCUUCAUCUGAAACAUAUACGUAUUCAUCACAUCAUUCAAAAUUUGAAACUCGAUUAGAGAGUCCCUGA